CUACACGCCACAGCGCUCGUCAAAAACGCGCGUCGACACCCUAGCUUUACCCUCCUGGUCGGCCGCGACACGCUGCCGCAGCGCUGAUUGGCUAGAAGCGCGUCAUCCAUGCGCCUUCGAAGCAGGCCGUAGGGGCUGCCCCGCGACGGAAUGGCAGCUUUCCCAGAGGAGCCCUAUGGGGUGGCGGGCUUCCAUCAGCUCCGUGCGCCCGGUUUCGGAAUGGCAGCGCCCGGCUUCGACUACUCGAGCUCCGACUCCGAGUCGACGGACAGCGGCUUCGAGCGAGGCGGCUCCCUGUCGACGGACAGCGACGCGAGCGACAGUGAAGACUCGCUCACGACGGCGACGACGACGCGCCGCACGCUCAACGACGACGAGGACUGGUGGCGCGAAGGAAGGGCAGCUUUAGAUGCGGCGGCGGCCGCGGCGGCGCCGGCCGAGGCCCUCGCGGGCGCCAUGCGCGAGUACGGGGCCGACGCGCGGCUCGCCGUGCGCGGCGCGCAUCGGCUGGAGGCGCACUACGCGUCUGGAGGUUUGGAGGGCUGUACGAAUGCGACGCGCGAGGCGUCGGUCGUGGCGACGGAGCUUUUGGGAGCGCUGCGACGGGCGGACUCGAGCGGCGCGUCGGCGCUGCAGGCGUGCGCGGCGGCCUGCGCGUCAUCCAGACCGAGCGGCGGGGCCGUGUUUAUUGAUAGAUUAGCGGCGCACGGCGGUCUGGCCUGCGUGCUCGAGACGCUAUCUACGCAUCCAGAUGACGUAGACGUGCAGCGCGCCGGGCUCGGGAUCCUGGGCCACGCGCGCCUUUUGGAUCGAGAAGCUUCCGUUAGAUUAAGUGCGCCGCGGGCCGUGGACGCGGCGCUAGAAGCGCUGAGCCGCCACAAGGGCGAUCCUAAACUUGUGGGUCUGGCGGCGCUGGCGUUGUAUAAUGCGGCCCACGCCGACAUGGGCGCGGCGGCGACCGUCGCCGGCGAGUGCCGUUUGAUAGUGGCGUCGUUGCAGGGGUGCGAGGCGGAGUCGGCGCGGGCGGCGGGCUGCUGGGCCUUGGGUGCUCUCGCGGCGCUCGAGGGCCUCCGCGAGAGCGGGGAGCGGGUCUCGCUCGCGGCGGCCGUGAAGAAGGCGGGCGCCUUCGAGCUCUUCGCCGAGACCCUGGCCCGGUUCCCGGCGUCGUCGCUCGCGCACCGCAACGCGACGCUGGCGCGGGGCCAGCUGCGGGACGCGCUCGACCGCCCCGAGCCGCCCUUGAAUACGCAAGAGAAGUGGCCCAUGUUCGGCACGCACUGUGUAAUGUCCUAAACUUGAUAUUUUAGCUCGUCGCCGCGCAGGAACGCGGCGAUCGACGCGCACGCCGUGUCGACGAGCCGCCUCCUUGAUUGGUCCGUCGCCCAC